AUGGCGUCCACCGCGCUGGUGGGUGGCAGUGGCAGUGGCAGUGGGGGCGGCAUCUCUCUCGGUCUCGUCGCCUCCUCCAGCGUCGCAUCCUGCUCCCUGCGCGCCGCCGGCGACUCCCGGCAGCUUGGCCGCCGUCUCGUCAUCCUGCGGAGUGGAGGCACCGAGGGACAGAGGAUGAGGGGACGGAAUUGCCCAAAAUUUCAUUGCGCCAAUGAGGUGGAUGUGGUGACCGAGGAUGACAGUGUCGAUGGUGAUGCUACUGACGACGAAGCAGACCUUGAAGCUUCAGCUGAUGAUGCCAUUGACGCUGAUGUUGAUACCGAAGAUGAACUGGAUUCUUCGCUGCCUGAGGAUUUUGAGUGGAUAAAGCAGCAGCCACUUCCUUAUCCUUUGGAUGCUCUGGAGCCAUACAUAAGCAAGGAGACGGUGGAGCAGCACUGGGGUGUUCAUCAGCAGAUUCACGUGGACCAGCUCAAUGGCAUGAUCGGUGGUAGUGAGUGGGAAGGCAUGUCACUGGGGCAGAUGAUGCUCGCCUCCUUCAAUGAGGGCAGGGAGGAGCCCCAUCCCCCCUUCUUCCAUGCUGCACAGGUAUGGAACCAUGAUUUCUAUUGGCGAUCCAUGAAACCUGGCGGUGGGGGCAAGCCACCAGAACGGCUUCUGAAGUUUAUUAAUAGAGACUUUGGCUCCUAUGAGGGUAUGAUCCGCCAAUUCAUGGAUGCUGCACUAACUCAGUUUGGUUCUGGAUGGGUUUGGCUUUCCUACAAAGGAAGCGGUUUGCCUUAUGUGAAAUCAAGAAGCCCAAUCCCAUCAGACAAUUAUGGUAGGCUGGUCAUCUCAAAGACUCCAAAUGCCAUCAACCCUCUUGUCUGGGGCCACUCUCCACUCCUUGCGAUUGAUGUUUGGGAGCAUGCAUAUUACCUGGAUUAUGAGGAUCGAAGGGCUGAUUAUGUUUCUGCGAUUCUAGAGAAUCUUGUGUCGUGGGAAAUAGUCGAGUCGAGGCUCACGAAAGCCGUUGUACGGGCAGUAGAUAGAGAUGAGCAUCUCCGCAGGAGAAUUCUAUGGAAGCAGCAUUUAGCUCAGGUGAAUGGGCAGAGUCGAGGUAGGCCUCGCACUCGGCAAGGCAGACCGACAGGGAGGCAAGGAGACCAAGAAGUCGCCAGGAGCAGUCCUGUGGAGGCAUGA